GCGCUCUGUUAGUGUUUGAGUUGAGGUAGUGGUGAGCAGCGGGACGCGGCGCAGUGUGUGUGUGACAGCAGCCUGGUGAACACACACACUUUACCUUUAGAACUUUUCUCCCUUUAAUCCGCCAUCAUGGAUCUGGACCCCGUCGUCUUCAUUCCCGCCAUCCUUUUCACCGUCGUAGCCAUUUACUUCGCUUCAUCACUCCUGAGCAAGAAGCCCGACGCCUCCUCCUCCUCUGCCGGGAGCAAGAAGCCCAAAGUGGGCUACGGAGACGACGUCCCCCCGUCCAGAGCUCUGGGAGAGCAGCUCCCACCCGCCCCCGAAGCCUCCGGGCGGGCUGAGCCUCCUGCUCCGGCCGUGGAGGACAUCCAGGACUCACAAGUUAAGGCUGCCCCAGAAGUUGUAACAUCACCUGAACCUGUUCCGGAACCAGUGCCAGUACCAGAACCCAUCUCUGAGCCAGUACAAGCACCAGAACCUGUCCCAGAACCAGUGAAAGCACCAGAGACUUUUGUAACACAAGAACCAUCUUUAGUAAAAGAACCUAUCGCAGAACCAGUAUCAGCACCUGAACCUGUCCCAGAACCAGUGUCAAUUCCUGAAUCUGUUUCAGAACUAGCUGCAGUCCCAGAAACUGUGUCAGCACCUGAACCUUUCCCAGAGCCAGUAUCUGUACCUGAACCUGUGCAGGAACCAGCUGCAGUCCCAGAACCUGUACAAGUACCUGAAUUUGUCCCAGAACCAGUGUCAGCUCCUGAGCCUGUUCCAGAACCAUCUGCAGUCCCAGAGCCUGUAUCAGCACCCGAACCUGUUGCAGAACCAGCACCAGUUCCUGAACCUGUCCCAGAACCAUCUGCAGUCUCAGAACCUGUACCAGUACCCGAACCUGUCCCCGAGCCUGUCGCUGAGUCCGAACCGGUCUCUGAAGUGGUCCAGCAGCCUGUGGCCGAACCUGAACCUUUUGUGGAGCAGAUCCCUGGAUCUACAGAACCAGAACUAGAACCAGAGGCUGUCCUGAACAACGAUGUGGCUGCAGCUGAAGAUAAAGUGAAGUUCACUCCAGGGAAGAAACAGAGCAAGUUUGAGACGCUGAUGACCAAGGAGGAGAUCGAGGAGGAGCAGAGGGUGCAACAGGAGCAGCUGGCGGCCAUCUUUCUGCUGCUGAGGGAGAACCAGGAGGCGCUGGGGGAGGUGACGGAGGGAGACAUGGAGGAGCAGCUGAAGCUCUACUCCCUCUGAGACGCCGGCCGUGGUCCCCUCGGUUACCAUGGCAACGCAGACUCAUGAAGACUUGACUGUGAAAUAGUGUAGAUUGAAGAUGAAAUGUUGUUUUAGUUGAAACUGAAUAUGAAUAUCAGGUUGUUUGCUACCACAGUUUUAUUUUACUUGCAGUUUCAGUCCUGUGGCUCAGCAGGACGUUCAGUGAAGCAUGUUGGUCCUCUGAGUGAACCGUCAGGCUAACUGAUUCCCCCUGCUUCCAGUCUUUAUGCUAAGCUAAGCUAAGGCGGGAGCCUCUACAGGAAGUGUGUUGUCGUUGGUCUUUUGCGCUCUUUCUGUUUUUCCCCCCGAAACGUUUCACAGUUUCUCUGCUGCUGAUCCACACAUCAGCAGUUCACCUGUGGUGGUUUUCGUGAGAACAAACUGUGUGCCUUCUCACCUCCUCUCACA